AAAGAAACAUUGCGACUUUAUAGAAAUACGAUAAAUAGACAUAUGCAAUGUUCCCUCUCGGUACCCUGUCUUCAGUGUCACAGAAGCAAGGGUUAGAAUCCCGCUGAGGGAAGAACAAAAAAUUAGCAGAUCCAACAUUAUUGGGCUUUUGAGACGAAUUAUUUAUUUAAUAUAUAUAUCGUUUUGUUUUUUGAUUUAUAUUGGCGAAAAUAAAGACGGCUUAUUUGAAAUAAAUUUCAGAUAAACUGUCUUCAUCAGUUCAUGGAGAUUGUAUUUGUCAUAUAUGCACUUAUAGUUUGAACGAUAGAAUAAUGUGUUAGUUUGUAGACUUGAUAUGUUUAGUCUGGUGUUUUACAUGCCUGUUUGUAGACUCGAUAUGUUUAGUCUGGUGUUUUACAUGCCUGUUUGUAGACUCGAUAUGUUUAGGCUGGUGUUUUACAUGCCUGUUUGUAGACUCAAUAUGUUUAGGUCUGGUGUUUUACAUUCCUGUGUAAAUGAAUUGAUCUAUACGAGGGAAAUAUAAACACUGCGAUGUUCAGUUUAAACCUGCAACAAAGUAUACCAAUGAUGUUAUUCUUCAAAACCUUGAAAUAAUAUAAGAAUUUAACAAUAGCAUGAUACAUUUUGAUUAUAAUUAUAGUAGUAUUUUAAUGAAAUCAGGUGAGCAGUGGACAGACGUAGUUCAUCACCCCAAAUGUCACUGAAGGAUACGGACGACAAACAUCGUGUACUCUUUAACAUGCUCAUUGGCAUUAAUAUUUGUAAUUCAUGUCCUGCUCCAUAGUGUUUAUUCAAUGUUUAUAUUAUCUCGUAUAUUUUACACAAAAUUGAAAGUGACUACCGGAAAACCUUUCAAUAUGUACUGGCGUUUACUUUUCCUAUUUCAGUUGUAUAUUCUUUCCUGUUUGUAAAUAAAUUAUUAAAAAAAUAAACAAAGCAUGCACUAUGUCUCAUAUUGUCUCAGGAAAUCAGAGGCAUUUAGAGGGAUAAUUAUCCUAAAUAUUAUCAUAGAAUGCAUUAGACAAAGAUAUACCUGGAAUGGGACUCUUUAAAUAUCUAGCUUUGAUUUUGACUCUAUUUUUUAAACACUUGUUUAAUUUAAUUACAUUUAUGUUUCUGUUAUCGGUUUACUAUUUUUACAGUAUCCUAUAGGCACCUUUAAUAUCAUUAUGUCGAGGAAACGUGUUGUUUAUAUAUUGAAAUGUUAAUUCUCUUUCAAUAUUAUAAUUAUAUAUACCGACUUAACAUGACACAUAAUUCUACAGCUAUUCCUUUCUAUGAUAUCUUCGACUGGCAGAGAGAUACGGUUCCAGAUUUAGUAACACUGUCGCUGUACAUUAUAAUAGGUCUAGUUGGAAACACUAUAGUCAUUUUAGUUUACAAAUUUCAUAUGAACAAGGCAUCAGAAGAGAGAUAUUUCAUACCAGUGCUGGCACUAGCAGAUCUUAUCGCGUGUGUUGUGAGCUCCUCACUUGGAAUAGUCUGGAACUACCAUCAAACAAACUUUACAAAUGUAGCUCUAUGUAAAAUAGUGUACUAUUUCAUGGGAAACACAACAUACAUGUCUAUUUUCUUAUUGCUCUGCAUUGCAGUUCAAAGAUAUUUGAAAAUAUGCCGGAAGCGUACUUUGAGUUUACGAUGCAGGCGCAUUAUGAUUUUUAUAUGUUUAGUGUGUGCAGUAUGUUUAACUAUACCGCUCUGUUUAACAUACGGAAUUGUACACUUCAAGAAAAAUGGACUAGUGAUAACAUCGCACUGUAGUAAAUUAAAAUACGGUAACAAAAUAAUUGGCGCCCUUUACGGAAUUGUUGUAUCUUCAUUUAUUUUUCUUGUGUAUUUAUCCUUCAUAUUUCUAUAUGGGAAAAUUGGAUAUGCAAUUUACCAUCACUUUAAAAUCCAUCAGUUCAAGCAUGCACGUGCACAAUAUCCGAAAGAUCCAACUCCAACAAAUUCCAAACCGAGUAAAAGUGAGGAAUCCUACGAGGAGCAUACACAAUCUGUAAACAGUGAGACUGGUAACAAUCUUACGUUCCAAACAUUUGGAGAUACUAACAAAAGCCAUGUCAGAAAAUCAUCGUUACACGAAAUGAUAUCCGACAAAAAUCUGAAGGCAAAAGGAUUACAGAACAUUGCGUUUCCAGAUGUUGACUUAGUCAGAUUUCAAAAGAUUAGAAAUAAAUCUAUGAAGGUAGACUUCCUAACAGUCGAUAAUGGAGUUAUUACGGACGAUCAAUCUAUUGACUCGCUUCAAAUCACAUGCCCAAUGUCAGACGUAUCUUUAGACUCUCUUUCAACUACAAGACCGGAUACAAAAACCAUAUCAAAGCAGACGAAGAAGAAACACCGGAAACGGAAGCGGAGCAGACGUCUAAUGAACAAGUUCUCGUUCAUGUUUAUGACAGUUACAACAGUGUUUUUAAUAUGUUUCAUUCCUGUUUCAACUAUUUUAACCUUGGAGGGAUUUUAUCCAGACUUCUGGGAAAAACUAUCAAAAUCACAGGUUACUAUAGUGAUUUGGUUGUAUCGCACAUUUAUCAUAAACAAUAUUUCAAACCCGCUGAUUUAUGCCUUUAUGGAUAUUGAAUUUCGUAAUGCAACAAAAAAACUUUUUAACAGAUGCUGCGGCAUGAUGUGAAAAUUAAAGUGUCACUUGUUAGGAAAAUUUGGAAAAACGUCUUACCUAUCAUCAGUUCAAAUCAUCCCUAAUUACUAGCUGUAAAAAAUUGAAAACAACACGUUUAAUAAUUUCAUGCGUCCGAAGCGCUUUUCUGGAUUUACCUUCAUCAGGAACGCUCAAAGCCAAACAUUUGAAAUCCGAGGAUGUAUAAGUACCGAAACCGUUGAAGAGCUAUAUGACAAAAAUACAUAAACUUAAUGGGGUACAGAACACCUAAGGGACUUAACUCUUUAAAAUCAACUGAACGUUUUAAUUACAUACUAUUAGAAAAAAGAAAUCAAGCUUCUCCAUUAUCAAAAUUAGUGUUUGUCAAACUGUUAUGUAUCCAAUGAAACCUAUUCCUGUAAAUUGUGUGGUUCAAAUUUCUUGAAAUUUUUAUAUUUUUGUCAACAGGUAAAAGUAAAUAUUUUGUCAAAUUUUCAUGAAAAUUAAACGAGCCAAAUCUAUUUUGGUCAAAGUGUUUGGUACCCCCUUAAACACCUAAUGAAGUUUUAUGACAUUUGUAUGAAGAUAUCAGUACAUCCAGGAUUUGUAUAAUACUUAUAAUAAAUUUGUUAUAACUUUUUGCUCACAUAUUUGAGAUAUUUUCACGUAUUUUGAUGCUGGUCGAGUCUUUGUUAUUGCUUCUCUAAUACAUAACCGAUUCAUACUUUUCCCGACCGGUUGAUUUUUAAAAUUUUUUUUUUGUAAUCAACGUGUGGUUCGUUUGAUCUCAGUUCUUCCUCGGUCAAAUUACAAAAUGGGGAGCAUGCCAGAUGACGUCACAUAGAAGGAACACAUCUUUUUGCAGAUCAUUGAAAUAUAGAGUGUGUCUACAUGUAGUCUAUUUUUUUGUGUGUGUGUUUUUAUUUGGCUGUGCAUGUACUGAUUUUGUGUCAUGGAUGGAUACCCCAUAUCCUUUGUUUUUCUAUAAAAUCAUUAGAGAAUCAGUUUCCACCACUGAAACUCGUCCAAUACGAUAGUUAUCCACCCUCAACAGUUAAAUAUUAAAUAUUUAAAAAGGUCGGCAAUCCUUGCGUUUUAUGAAAAUAUAACUGUCUCGAAUGGAGAAAUAUCGAAUGACACUCGAUAUACUAGUAGUGGUUGAAUCUAUAUUUACCACCCAACACAAUAUCCAUACAUUGUAUCCAAGUAUGCAUAAUAAGCGUGUUAUUUUGAAAUUUUGGAUUUUUUUUUACCCCGAUGUACUUGUCUAUCUAUAGCAUUUUCUUUUUUUAUUGUUAUUAAUUAAAAAUAGAAAUCUGA